ACCUUUUUUCUUUUUAUUUAGUUGAUGGGGCGCUAGUGCGUGUAGUGCAUGUGACAGCAACAACUUUUCAAAUUUUUACUAGAUUGAGCAUUGCUUAAUCAACAAGUAGGAGCAAAUGGAAACGAAAAAACAAUUGGUAAAAUUUUAGAUGAUCAAAAGUUGAAGACUUUAUCAGGAAACAAAAACAGCAAUGCACAAAAUGAAUUGAACACAUUAUUGCUUAAGGCUUUGCCACAUUCUAACCAGAUUGUUUUCACUGAGAGCCAUGCCAAUGAACCAUGGCCACGGCCAACAAUCCAGAAGGUGGUAUAAACUAUGCUUUGUUCCCACAAGUUCAGAUAGUUCAGAUGAUUCUGAUACAGAAUCUGUAGUCAUAGCUCCAAGUACUCCAACUCAAACUAGUACAUGGCAACAGUCUUCUCCACCGUAUUUGCCACCAUCACCACCAAAUCCAGAACCUCAAAUCAACUGGAGUUUUCCUCCACCGCCGCCGCCACCGCCUUCUUUUUUUCUACUGUCACCACCAUUAGUGCGAUUACAGUUCCAGGCUACAAAUCUAGAACCUCAAAUCAACAGGCAUUCUCCACCACCACCGCCGCCACCUCCACCUUUUUCUCUACUGUCACCACCAUUAGUGCGAUCACAAUUCCAGGCUACAAACCCAGAACCUCAAACUAACUGGCAGUCUUCACAGCAACCGCCACCGCCGUCACCACCACUGGAAAGAUGGGAUGAAAUGUUUCCCCUUAUGGAUAAUGUUUCCCCUUCAGUGAUUGAGCAAAGACAUCCCGAAGAUGAUCAAAGUGUGUGCCUUCGAAUUCCAGACAGCGUCAUCAAUGCCAUUCGCAGAGUGAGAAUUUCAGAGUUGCAUGAAAGAGAUAAACUCUCUCACUGUCCCAUUUGCAUGGAGGAGUUUAAACUGGAUGACAAAGCAUGUCAGUUACCCUGCAAACAUACCUACAAGUUCGAAUGCAUUCUUCGUUGGCUUAACAGCAACAAAACAUGUCCCAUUUGCAGGCUUCGGUUAGAUGGUUGGGAAGGACAGGGUAGUUCUUAUAACAUAGGUGAUGAUGAUGACAAUAAUAGUUUGGACCUUGAACCUCCAAUUCUACCACCAGUAAUUAUAACUAAUAGCUUGGAAGACCUUUUGCAAUUUUCUCCACAUUCACAAGUUACUGAGGAUGUUGGAGGUGACAACUCUGCAGAUGAAGCCGAGUAUGACAGCGCAUGCGACUACUUAGGUGAUUCUUAUGAAGAUGGAGAGAUAGUUAGUAGUAAUUAUCAAAGUAAUCGUAGUUCACAAAUUUAACUAUAUUUGAUUCUAGUGGUUUUGGCCAAGGGUACAAGUAAUUUCCUACUUUUGAUAAUGAGAUUUCUCAAUUCUAGUGCGAAUAAAUGAGGAAUACAGGAAAUAUUGUAUCAGAAAAUCUGUCUACGAUUGUGAAUAGACUUGAAAUAUCUUUCACUAAA